AUGGUAACGAUUACCACAACACCCAGCCCGCACAUCAACAGAACGCCCCUGGCUCACAGAUUGGUAGUAGACAGUCCAGCCCUGGGUGGUCGUCCUGCCCCGUCAGACCCUGAUAGUGAGGUGGACGACGGUCCUUCAACCCAUAGAGAUGAGGGCGAGAUCGGACCGGGAUUCUGGCAGAACCCCCUUGUCGACAACGACUACACAUUCGCAAAAGUGGGCGACCGGUAUUGGUACAUGGGUGCUACCUCCUCGUGGUCUUUUUCCCGCAGAGUCCUGGCCCUGCUCGGGAAACGCAUGCCCGAUGCCGCUCCGGACCCGUGGCAUCUGCCGCACGAGGGCGCCUUCAGGAUGCAGUGGACGCCCCUGGGCGCCGCCGAGACCCCCGACGUGUCCAACCUCCCGCCGCUCGACUACGCCAUGUACCUGCUGAACACGGCAAAGUUCUACCUCGGCGCCGUCUUCUACCUCAUCGACGAGCCGUCCUUCGUGAGGCACAUGCGCGAGCUGUACGAGGACCCGGUUGGGAAGGCCAGCUCCUCGAGGCUGUGGUACGCCCAGUAUCUGCUCAUCCUGGCGUUCGGCAAGGCCUUUGUCGUCAGCAGCGGCCCGCAGGCGACGGCCCCUCCCGGGGUCCAGUACGCGACGCGGGCCAUGGCGCUGCUCCCCGACUUGUCGGGUCUCAGCCCGGAUUCCAUCCACGCCAUCCAAGCCCUUGCGCUGGCGGCAUUGUACUUCCAGUGCUUGGACAUGAGGUUGGCAGCAUAUCAGCAUAUCGGACAGGCACUGCGGAUCGGCAUCGUCGAAGGCAUCUACAGACACAUGCCCGAAGACGUAGUGGGCGCCGACUACUCGAGGCGCUGCAACAUCGUGUUCUGGGUGGUGUACACCCUCGACAGAGAAUUUUCCGCCCUCAUGGGGGCGCCGACAUCGAUCCGGGACGAGGACAUCACCGUCAAGCUGCCUUCAAACGGAGACAACUCUCUGGAUGCGCUGAACAUGACCCUGCAUGUCCGGCUCUCGCGCUUAAUGGCACGCAUUCUCACGACUGUGUAUGGUGUCGGCAAGGAGUUUGAUGGCUCGCUUGUCCCAAACACCCAGUCUAUCCUCCGGGACCUUGCGCGUCUAUCCCGCGACCUUACGGCAUUGCUCGACACUCACUUCCAAGGGUCUGUCAGCAGGGCCUCGAGGAUGGCAUUACGGCUCAUCCUCUCCUACCAUCACUGCGUGGUGCUGACAACGCGACCACUGGUCAUGUGCGCUCUCCACAUGCACAUCGAACACUCGGACAUGCGGCAGUCCCAUACCGUCACCCUGACGCCCCCCGUCGCCUCCCUGCUGCAGUCGUGCGUCGACUCGGCGCAGACGGUGCUCCGGACCCUCCGCGUCCUCGGCGACGAAGACCUCCUCGAGGCCUUCCUGCCUUUCCAGCUCGAGGACGCCUUCUCCUCGGCCUUCCUCCUCCACCUCAUCCGGGUCAUCAGCCCGUCUCUCAUACAAGACGACACCUGGUGCGAGAACAUCACGAGCGUGCUGGACAAGAUGAUUUCCAAGGGCAGCCUGGUCGCGCCGCUGCGGAAGCUGGAGCUCAGUCGGCUCGAGCACAUCAUGUCGGCUCUGACGCCGCCCGCGGAGGAGCCGCCGACGCCGCCGCCGAGCAGCGCGAACCCGCACCAUCAUCACGGACACGAGCAUGGGUCGUUUCUGGACCAGAUGGAGGAGGCGGGGUGGGACAUAUUCGAUACGGGAUGCAUGGGCGGUCUUUCGCCGCAGGCGUUGCUGGAUUUGGCCGAGCGGCUGGACGUGGAGGACCUGAUUCAGUCUGUCGAUUCCGACGAGGUUCACAGAAGAUGA